CUGCGUUUAGGGGUGUUACCCUGGCUCCUGGGACGCCACCUCCGGAGAUUUAAGCGAGAGCUGGGGGGAGGUCGUGGACUUGGGGCGGAGGAGGAAGCCCAGAGCUUGGGCGCCGGCGGAGAGAGCCGGGGAGCACAGCAGGGCACCUGGGAGAAGCUAGAUACUCAUCUCCUCAUGCUGUUGACACAGCCAGGAUGGCUUUGAACUCAGGGUCACCUCCAGGAAUCGGGCCUUACUAUGAGAACCAUGGGUUUCAGUCUGAGCACAUCUAUCCCCCAAGGCCACCUGUGGCUCCUGAUGUCUACAACCCGUAUCCACCGCAGAACUACCCACCUCCAGUGCCUCAGUAUUUCCCGAGGGUUACAACGCAGGCCUCCACAACUGUCACCCACACACAGCCCCAUUCCUCAGGAAAACUGUGCACCUCAACCUCAAAGACCAAGAAAUCGCUGUGUUUCGCCCUUUCCCUGGGCAUUGUCCUUGUAGGUGCUGCUGUGGCUGCUGUCUUGCUUUGGAAGUUCUUGCCAGGGUGCUCUACAUCUGAGAUGGAGUGCAUGUCUUCAGGCACCUGCAUCAGCUCUUCUCUCUGGUGUGACGGGACAUCACACUGCCCCAACGGGGAAGAUGAGAACCGGUGUGCUGUCCCCAACCACUUCCUCGAAGCCUCUGGUGACCACCACACUGAUCACAGCUCCACAGUUCGCCUCUAUGGACCAAGCUUCACCCUCCAGGUUUACUCAUCUCAGAGGAAAGCCUGGUAUCCUGUGUGCCAGGAUGAUUGGAAUGACAGCUACGGAAGAGCAGCAUGUAAAGACAUGGGCUACAAGAACAAUUUUUAUUAUACCCAAGGAAUACCAGAUAGCAGCGGGGCUACGAGCUUUAUGAAGCUGAACAUAAGCGCAGGCAACAUCGACCUCUAUAAAAAACUCUACCACAGUGACUCCUGUUCGUCCCGCAUGGUGGUUUCUUUGCGCUGUAUCCAAUGUGGGGUCCGCUCAGCGACACGCCAGAGCAGGAUUGUGGGUGGAUCGAAUGCUUCACCAGGAGACUGGCCCUGGCAGGUCAGCCUGCACGUCCAAGGUGUCCAUGUCUGUGGAGGCUCCAUCAUCACCCCCGAGUGGAUUGUGACCGCCGCUCACUGUGUGGAAGAACCCCUCAACAGCCCGAGGUACUGGACAGCGUUCGCGGGGAUUUUGAGUCAGUCUCUCAUGUUCUAUGGAAGUAGACACCAGGUAGAAAAAGUGAUUUCCCAUCCAAAUUACAACUCUGAGACCAAGAAUAACGACAUCGCUCUCAUGAAGCUUCAGACGCCUCUGACUUUUAAUGAUUUAGUGAAGCCAGUGUGUCUGCCGAACCCAGGCAUGAUGCUGGACCCAGCCCAGGAAUGCUGGAUUUCAGGGUGGGGGUCCACCUAUGAGAAAGGGAAGACCUCGGAUAUGCUGAAUGCUGCCAUGGUACCCUUGAUUGAACGCUCCAAAUGCAAUAAUAAAUACAUAUACAACAACCUUAUCACACCAGCCAUGGUCUGUGCUGGCUUCCUGCAGGGCACUGUGGACUCUUGCCAGGGAGACAGUGGAGGGCCUUUGGUUACUUUGAAGAAUGACAUCUGGUGGCUGAUUGGGGACACGAGCUGGGGCUCUGGCUGUGCCAAGGCAUUAAGACCUGGAGUGUACGGGAACGUGACAGUAUUUACAGACUGGAUCUACCAGCAAAUGAUGGCGAACAGCUAAUCCACGUGGCCUUUGUCCCUGACUUCUUUUGCCUUCGACACCCUUCCGCAAGAAAACCGAGGGGCUGAUUUUUAACUCCUGUGCACAAUGUACCCUUUGAGAUGAUUCAAAGGGGCCUUUCACUUCAUUAAACAGUGACUUGUCUGACUGUGCUCCCUGGUCCUGUGCGGGCUUCAGUGCCCCACCCCAGGUCCCUUCUGCGACUCCCAUCCAGAAGGGAUGAUGAUCCUGCUGGGUUGGGCAUGUAGGGCCAAAUGCAGAGGAGGGUGGUACUGUCUUGCUAGGCCUCCCUCUAUGCUCAUGCUCAGACCUCUUUGAAUGAGUAAGGACUGUGACUUCUGAGUAGCCUUAUGGCCUGAGAAAGAGUUGGGAGGCCAGGCAGGGCUGUGGGCCCUGGGACAGACACCUUAAGAGAAAACUGCCUGCAGCUUGUGACCUGGCUCUGCUGUGCAGUUUGGGCUGGUCCUACUAUAAUGACUUCAUUAGCAGCCAGGGUGAACACGGCUCCCGCUCCCGCAUGUUGACAUGAUAGCCACUUCCAAGGGUGACACAGCCUUUGCCAAGCUGAGAGUUGAGGCAGAGCUCUCGGAGCAAGAAGCUAAUGUCAUCAUGUUCCUCUUGGCUGUCUGUCCCUUGGGGGAGACCCACAUGGGGUCAUUCUUGACUCCCCACCACUGUUUUCUUAUCCUCUCAGAGCCUGAGACUCACCUCUUAGCCUUGGCAACAGGCAAGGCCUGUAUAAUUCACCUAGCCAUGUGGAGGAUGAGGUCCAUCAGGAUCAGGGACACAUGAUUCCAGUCACCUUGCUUCUGGGUCAUGUUUCUUCUCUUACUACCUCGCUGUUCCUGGAGCACUAGCCUGGAUGGAUGGCUAGUGUUCACCUGCAUUUGGACGUGUGAUUGUGCCGCAGACGUUAGACCUCUUCCAGAUGGUGAAGUUAUUCUAUAGCAUGGGAAUGGGAUUGGAAGUUCUUAGCGAAGGACAAAGAUGAAAAGGAGGAAGUCAUUGUCCUAUAAGUAUGAAGUAUGAGUGUCUUACCUAUGGUGAGGCUCUGCCUCCUUCCCACUGCCCGGUUCUCCAGAAGGCAAUGGGUGAGUCAUAGCUGGGACUCCGCCUUUUCUGGGAAGGGACUCCCAUCCAGGGGAGGGUCGCCCACUCCAUGAUGCUUCCUCUGGGAGCAGCACUCAGGGACUUUCUGAACGCAAUGCCAGACUAAAUGUGCAAGCUCCUUGAAGUGUAAGAACAUGUCCCCCUCCUCAGCUUUCCCUGUCUGUGCUCUUGGUUAGCUGUUUCCUGCUUUAUGUCUGUUCUGAGUUUCCACUGUGAAAUAUACAAAUAAAGUUUAUAAUUUUUUCCAUUA